GUCUAUUUGCAUAGAGGAAACUGCCCAAAGUGGCCGCUGUGGAGGAGUUGGCGGCGGCGAGGGGGGCGUGCGCCGGGAUCCGCUGCUGCCCCGAGGCCGAGCCCCGCGCCUCGCCGGCCUCGUGCCUCGGGCUCUCCCGCGCGCUCAGCCCGCGUCCGCAGCCCUACACCGCCCACUCGGAGAGCCCACGCGCGACUCGCGCGCCAUGAGCUCGGGCCGGUGCGCCGGCGGCGACGCGCGCAAGGGCGGCCCCGCGGGCGGCGGCGGGGGGCGCCCCGGGACGGCGGCCGGGGCCUGGGCGCUGAGCGCGCUGUGCCUGCUGCUCUCCGUGGGAGCGGCGGCCGCCUGCCUGCUGCUGGGCGCCCAGGCGGCCGCGCUGCAGGGCCGGGUAGCGGCCCUGGAGGAGGAGCAGGAGCUGCUGCGGCGCGGGGGACCGCCGGGCGCUCUGGCCGCCUGGGCCGAGCCGCACCUGGAGCGCCUGCUGCGGGAGAAGUUGGAGGGACUAGUCAAGCUCCGGACAGUUCGGGAAGUGCCGAAUGAGUGCGUCUGCCCCCCAGGCCCCCCUGGACGGCGUGGCAAGCCUGGAAGAAGAGGUGACCCCGGACCUCCAGGGCAGUCGGGACGAGAUGGCUACCCGGGGCCACUGGGUCUGGAUGGCAAGCCUGGACUGCCAGGCCCCAAGGGGGAAAAGGGUGCACCAGGAGACUUUGGCCCCCGGGGAGACCAAGGGCAAGAAGGAGCUGCUGGGCCUCCGGGGCCCCCUGGAUCCCCUGGGGCCCGGGGCCCUCCUGGUGACACUGGGAAAGAUGGCCCCAAGGGAGCACAAGGCCCAGCGGGUCCCAAAGGAGAGACUGGAGAAGACGGCAAGAUGGGCCCAAAGGGAGCCCCAGGGCCCAAGGGGGAUGAUGGGAGUCCAAGCCAGCCAGGGUUCCCUGGACCCCCAGGGCCCAAGGGCGAGCCGGGCAGCCUGGGCCCUCGAGGAGAGAAUGGUGUGGAUGGCACCCCAGGCCCAAAGGGGGAGGCCGGCCAGCGAGGCGCCGAUGGAGCCCCAGGGCCACGGGGUCCCCCGGGCCUCAAAGGAGAGCAAGGAGACACCGUGGUGAUUGACUAUGACGGCAGGAUCUUGGACGCCCUUAAGGGUCCCCCCGGGCCACAGGGCCCCCCAGGGCCCCCAGGGACCCCCGGAGCCAAGGGCGAGCUCGGAUUGCCUGGUGCCCCAGGAAUUGAUGGAGAGAAGGGUCCCAAAGGACCAAAAGGGGACCCAGGAGAGGCCGGGCCACGUGGACCCAAAGGGGAAGCAGGCGAGAUGGGUCUGUCAGGCCUCCCGGGUGCUGACGGCCCCAAGGGGGAGAAAGGGGACCCUGCAUCUGACAAACUAAAGGAGAGCCUGGCCCAGGUCAUAGUGGAGCCGGGGCCCCCCGGCCCACCUGGCCCCCCAGGCCCCACGGGCCUUCAGGGAAUCCAGGGUCCCAAGGGCUUGGAUGGAGCAAAGGGAGAGAAGGGUACAGCAGGCGAGAGGGGUCCCAGCGGCCUGCCCGGGCCAGCUGGCCCACCAGGCCUUAUUGGGCUGCCAGGAACCAAAGGAGAGAAGGGAAGACCUGGGGAGCCAGGACUAGAUGGUUUCCCUGGACCCCGAGGAGAGAAAGGUGACAGGAGCGAGCGCGGAGAGAAGGGGGAGCGAGGUGUCCCCGGCCGGAAAGGAGUGAAGGGCCAGAAGGGCGAGCCAGGACCGCCAGGCCUGGACCAGCCAUGUCCUGUGGGCCCCGAUGGGCUGCCCGUGCCUGGCUGCUGGCAUAAGUGAUCCCAGCCCCCAGCUCACAACCUAUACAGAUCUGUGUGGACGUUUUUAAUUUUUGUAAAAACAAAACAGUAAUAUAUUGAUCUUUUUUCAUGGGAUGCACCAUCUGUGGACUUUUAACAUUUGAGAGUCUGCCCGGCCCAGCCCUAGAAUGAUCCGCAUGUGAAGCAGGCAGGCGAGGAUGCACGCCGAUCGGGGAGAACUGUGUACUUGGGGGGCACCUGCAGGACUUGGCUUUCCCUGGAGGGAGACGAAGGUGGAAUUGCCUGGCUCAGGAGAGGCUGCAAAGACGCCCGCCAGCUUGGGCCACGGUCACCUGAUUAGCAGAGGGGAUCUGGCCACCCCACUGCCCUGCAAGAGCCUGUCCCUGAAGCUCCAGAGCCCCCGGGGCCCACCUCAUCCAAAAAGGCGAAGGCUUGGACAGCAGAUGCAGCUGCCCCCAGCUUCCCUGGCCUCUGGCCUCAGCCUCAGCCCCAGGAGCCUCUGGUACUGGAUUCACCAGGGCAGGACAAGACUCCUGCCCAGCACUGGCCACAGGACGCUGGAAGCUGUGGGAAGCACCCCGGGUGGGUCUAGUCCCCACCAAGUUCAGUAGGCCUCCAGAAGCCAGCCUGCCGUGAGAACACCUGUCCUCUGGCCCCGAGUAGAUGCCAAGCACUGUGAUUGCCACCACAUGGACCAGGGAGCCCUGUGGUCUCUAAGUUUGGAGGACAGCAGGUCCUCGAUGGGAGCGGCUGCUGCUCCCUGUCUCCAUGCCACCCAGAGCAAAGAUGUGAUGGGACUUCGCCAGCUCAAGGAGGUGCGCCUCCAGCUCUGAGUUUGGGUCUCACAGGCUGCGAGUGUCCCACGCAGAACUGGCCAGCCUUCCAGAAAUGGUGUGCGUGUGAGCCGUGAGACAGAGCCUCAGGGCUGGUACCUGGCUGGCCUGGGCAUGGGCCUGCAACCUAAGCAGCCAGUGCGCUAAGGAGAGGCAUCCCCACCUCUGUGUGACAAGGGUUCCCAGCCACCAGCUCCAGCCCAGCUACUUGCCUCCCUUCUGUGUAGAUGGAUGUCACUGAGUGUAAUAAACCACACGUGUGUCCCGG